AUGUCUACCGAUAAAAUUACCUUUCUUUUGAACUGGCAACCAGCACCAUACCAUAUCCCUAUCUUUUUGGCCAACCAAAAAGGCUUCUUCAAGGAGCAGGGUCUUGAUGUUGCGCUUUUGGAGCCUACCAACCCAUCGGACGUGACAGAGCUUAUUGGCUCUGGCAAGGUCGACAUGGGUUUGAAAGCCAUGAUUCACACCUUGGCUGCCAAGGCCAGAGGUUUUCCAGUCACCUCUGUGGGUUCUUUGUUGGACGAGCCAUUCACGGGUUUGUUGUACAUGAACGGCCGCGGUAUCACCGAAGAUUUCCAGUCGCUCAAGGGCAAAAAAGUGGGCUACGUGGGUGAAUUCGGAAAGAUCCAGUUGGAUGAAUUGACUAAAGCCUACGGAAUGACCCCCUCUGACUACACCGCUGUCAGAUGUGGUAUGAACGUUGCCAAGUACAUCAUCGAGGGCAAGAUUGACGCCGGUAUUGGUAUCGAGUGCAUGCAGCAAGUCCAAUUGGAGGAGUACCUAAAGCAACAAGGCAAGCCUGCCACUGACGCUAGAAUGCUAAGAAUCGACAAGUUGGCCUGUCUUGGAUGUUGCUGCUUCUGCACCAUUUUGUACAUCUGCAACGAUGAAUUCUUGGCUGCUAACCCCGAAAAGGUCAGAAAGUUCUUGAAGGCUGUCAAGAAGGCCACCGACUACGUUUUGGCCAGCCCAAUUGAUGCCUGGAAGGAGUACAUCGACUUCAAGCCUGAGUUGGACACCGACAUGACUUUCAAGCAGUACCAAAGAUGUUACGCUUACUUCUCUAGCUCCUUGUUCAAUGUCCACCGUGACUGGAACAAGGUUACCGGCUACGGUAAGAGACUAGAGAUCUUGCCCCCAGACUACAAGGCUAACUACACCAAUGAGUACUUGUCCUGGGAAGAGCCAAAUGAGGUCGAGGACCCAUUGGAAGCGCAAAGAUUGAUGGCCAUCCACCAAGAAAACUGCAGAGAGAAGGGUGGUUUCAAGAGAUUGGAAGUGCCUUUGAAGGCUUGA